CACUAUCACUCCCUCUCACUGGAGUGGAAUCUUGCAGGAGGUUCCUUCUUGCAGAACCUAACCCCGAGAAACUGAAGUGGGAGGAGGGAAAGUGGAGCAGAUUCCCGACCUAUAAACCAGGAGUGAAGUUCCCUCUGCUCGGCAUGGCAAUGGGACUUGGCGGUUUGCUCUGGUUCCUGCUUCUGGCAAUCUCCCAUCCCAGGACUGUGCAAGGGGAAGUGGUUGAAAAUUUCCAGAAGUGCGACUCUUUCUUCAGGGAUCAUACCCCACCGCAGGGAUUUGACGGCAUGGACAACCUGGUCAGGAUCUGCCAGAGGUACAAGAACCGCUAUCACUUUGCCACCUUGUACCGGACAGACCUGCGGAUCCCGGUCUAUUCUGCCUACACCUAUAAAACGCCCAGUAAAAGUAAUGAGAGUUACAGACCCUGCGCCUGGUUUUACGAGCCUCAGAUUGAUGAUCCAAAAGCCAGUGCUGAUAUGAAGUCCAGCAAAGGCAAGACCAGUAAUAAACAAGCAGUGCAUAGCGAUUACAUGAAUACAAGUUAUGAGCGAGGGCAUCUGUACCCAUAUACCUUCAAUGAAGGAGAUAGUGCAACAGCCAGCUGCACCCUCACUAAUGCGAUCCCUAAGACUGGUGAUGCCAACAAGAAAUGGUAUCAUUAUGCUGAGAGACCCAUUAAAAUAUUGGCGGAGAAUUGCCACAACUCUGGCAGUCAGAUGUAUCUGGUAACAGGCUCUGCUGAAUACACUGGGGGUACAAUGAAUAAUAAGGUUGUAGUGCCUGGGUUGAUCUGGACGGCUGUUUGCUGUAACUCCUUGGUGUGCCAGAACAAUUUCGGUUCACCUACCACGACAGACUUUUCCAUUGCGUUCAUGAAAGAGUUGCUAAACACGAAUGAUGUAAUCAGAAUGAUGGUGCCAGACCUGGAGAGGAGACUGAACUUAGAGAAUGUGAGGAUCUUUAACCAGUGCAGGGGAACUAAUGGCAUUCAGGAGCAGCAGACCUAUCAAGAGGUGAUAACUUUGUUGAACAAUAUUACAGAAUUGUAGACGGAAGGCAGGAAAGAACAAUAACGAUCCAACACGAACAGGUCAAGUGGGUUAAUAGCGGAAAAGCUUAAGAGGGCAUUUUGGGCAUUUCUCCCCAUUAUUUACAGCUUGUCGGACAGCAAAUUAUGAUUCUUGCUUCUGAAUUUUCUGUCGACCUGCAUCCUCAACAGGUGUUUGAGGGGGAGGCUUCCAGACUUCGGCUGAGAUUUGUUUGAGGAAGUGUUUCCUCAUGUCACCUGGAUUAUUGCCUCGUCAACGUAGCUGGUCCUCAUGUGGUGAUCCCAGUGCUCCUGUAUGCAUCAGAAACUUGGACAACAUACCAAUGACAUCUGCAGGCACUUGAAAAGUUCCAUCAACGCUUUCUUCGAAACAUCUUAAAUAUCAGCUGGGAAGAUAGAAGAACCAACGUCAGCGUGCUAAGUGAAGCUAAAGCAACAAGCAU